AUGAGUACAAUCCACGGGCCCAUUGUAACCCUCCUCGCCGGCCGCGACCGCAAGCCCUUCAAAGUGCACCGCGAAAUCCUGAUCGCCAAAUCCCCAUACUUCUCCCGCCUGCUCCCUACCCCACAAUCCGAGAACCAAAAUCUUGCUCUCGACGCAGACCCGUCAAUUAUUGCCCUCUUCGUAAACUUUCUCUACUGGCAACACUACACGCUCCCCCACAACUGUAGCGAGAAAUCAGAGCAGCUCUCCACACAUGCUCGGCUAUACAUCCUGGGCCUGCGAUUUCGCAUAGCAAGGCUCAUGGAAGAGGCGCUACUCAAGAUCUACCUACUCGUAAAAGACGAGACACGUUGCGAUGAUCGGCGGCUAGAGCUGGUGAAAGAGGUCUACACAAGCAUAUCUGCCCCAGAAGACGAGCUAAAGCGGAUGCUGGCCGCCACCGUGGCGGCGAGGUGGGAAGACUAUAGGUGGGAUUUCAGGGAAGUAGAUAGUGAGGUGGGCAUGCUUAUGGAGGAAUUUCCCGGAUUCAUGAGGGAGGUUUUGGGGAGGCUGUGCGGGGGCUCUGCGGUAGGUCCGCCACAACAUUUAGUGCAGGUUAGGAGCAUGAAGCGGAAAAAGGAGGAUUGUGAUUAA